AUGAAUUCUGCUUUAAAGCCGGUGCUGCCCCAGCCGGGGGUCCCGCAGCCGGGCGGUCAGGCGAGUCCCGCGAAGGGCAACGUGGCAAGCGCCAACCACGCUGUCGGACUCCCUCAGGGUGCUCAAAAUUCUUUACAUCACGGAUCCAAUAAUCUGGUGGGACAGAACCUGACGCAUCACGUGAAUCCACCUCAAUUACCUCCUCACCCAGUGCCCUCCAUGGCGCCAGUGACAGCCAACAUGGCACAAAUGGCACAGAACAUGAGUCACCAUGGAAACCUAUCACAUGUCACUCAAAAUUCAAUUCCCCCACCAAGCCCCAGCAAAAGUGCUACUACAACUGGUGCUCCGCUGAGCUUAGUACAAGAUAAAGCAAACACAUCUCAACCUUUAGCUUUGACAAGAACACCUGAGAAGAAGGAGCCUGACUCCAGCAGUCAUGCAAAUGGUACAAUCGAACCAUCAAAACCAGGGUCAAACACACCCACUGCACUCAAACCACAAAAUCCUGAAAGUAAUAAGGAUAAGCAGGAUAUUGCUAAAACAUCCCCAAGUACCCCAAAACCUCCUGAGAAAUCAACAGAGAAACCGGAAAGUACUCAGAGCACUCCACAGAAAAAUGAUGGAUUAAGUCCAGUAAAUCAAAUGGAAAGUCCUGCUCAACCUAAAGUGUCUAUGGCUAAUGAGGCCCCAGAAAAGUCUCCUUCCAAACCAACAGAACUCAAACCAGCCUCGCUGGCUGAUGUUGCUCCUACACAAAAUGACAACAAACCUAUACCUGAGGCAGCUAAUGAAAAUCAAGAUAAAGUGUCUACCUCAACUCCUCAGGUAUCUGAGCAGUCUGUAUCUGAGAGCACUAAACCAGAUUCAGCUUCAAAACCAGAAGAUAAAAAGGAAGAGCCAAGUGAAAAACCACCACUAGUAGAAGAUAAAAUUGAGGAAGUCAAAGAAAAUGUUGAAUCUCCUGAAAAGGAGGAACAAAUAGAGAAUACACAAAAGCAAGAAGAGAAAGUGGAAGAAAAAAAACCAGAUAUUAAAAUUCCUGUUAAACCUGAAACAAAGUCUACUCCAAAGUCGACAUUGAAACUGGCUACAGUGACUCCCCCAAUGAGAAAGAGAAGGCAGGUAUCACCAACAAAAGUUAAUGAUGGUACCACACCAGCUAAGAAAACUUCUGAUGCUGAGUCCACACCAGACACAAGAAUAAAGAGAAACAGGACCAAGGUGCAACUUUACCAGUCGCCCACGCCAGAGAUCGCAAUGGCGACUAAGCUCUCCGCAUCAGCCGGUCGCUCCACUCCAACCAAGCCCAAUGAUGACAAGCUAAUAGUGUUCUACAAGAACGAGUAUUUAGCAGUGCGCAACGCGGAGGGUGGGUUCUACGUGUGCCAGACCGUGCAGAACGUGUACCGCACCACGCGCAAGAUCAAGAUCCGCUGGCUCUCCCAGGAUAAGAACGACCCCACCGGUGAAACAUACAAGCCUGACUUUUACGAUGUCACUGAUAUGGAGUGUGUGCUCACAACCUUAUCCCUAGCGCGGGCCCCAGGUGGUGGGGGAGCACAGCUUCUUCGACCAGCUGAGGAAGCCCGAGCCAAGUCAAUCCUGGAGCGGGCUAUCAAGGCCGAGCAGAGCGGGGACUCCAAUAACCUCGAGCUCACCGAGGAGCACCCUGAUGGUCUGGACCUAUCACUGUACACAGACGAAUCGCAGCUGGAGAAGAAGUCCAGAAAGCGGAACAGCUCCAAGUCCUCUCCGCGCGAGAAGCCCGACGACGCCAAUGAGACUGCGGAAGCGGAAACGCCGAUCAAAAAGGCGCGAACGACCCCGAAACGCAGUACGAAAGCCUCGCGCAAAUCUAAACCUAGCCCAGCGAAGCAAAGUAACAAUAAGAGGAAAUCGCCAGGUAGUUCGCCCGUAGUGGCGGCCCCAAGCAAGACUGCAACAGCGGUAACGGAUAAAACGAAGGCUAAAGCGACUCCAACAAAGCGAACGCCAGCUAAACAGGCCAAACCCGAUACCCCAGUCAGUACGCCCACACGUAAGGGACGGAGGGCAGCAAAGGAAAGCAAACCAUCCCCAAUAAUCCCCACACCGUCGACGUCCACGGGUAAAACCACACGCACCCCAAGGAAACCGCCGGCGAAGAAAUAA